AUGGCCCGAAAUAAGCCCCGGGGCCCUGGGCCUGGCCCCAGAACCAAGCUCGAGCGGUUCAUCCAGGACAAUUCCGAGUCCGGUUUGGAGACUAACGGGUUACUUGUGGGGGUAUUCGACGGACACUCAGGACAGUUUGCGUCUGCUUUUGCACGCAAGAUGUUCCCCAAAGAGCUGGCUGUGAUAGUGGCGGAUGGCCAAGGGGAGAGUCGUGUGGCAGCGGUUGAACAGGCACUCAGACACACCUUCGCCAACGUGAGCGGCUGCAUGCGCCAGUAUGUACUGGCACACCAGACCACAGACCCAGACACUGCACCUGCGCCACGCUCCCCGCCCCGGAAUUCAGGACCGGUCCGAAAUGCAGACACACGGGCUCGUAUAGAAAGGAUAUCUGGUCAGAGCAAGGGAAUUGCGGGACAAAAUGGGGCGGCGGCCGAAAGGACGGAAGGGAGUGUGACUGAGGAUGCAGCACACACAGAACAGACCUCUCGCGCAGAUGGGUCAUUCAGGAUAGGCAGCAAGGAGCAUAUAGCUGGGUGUGCCGUGCUGGUUGUGGUGGUGUUACAAGGCAUGUGUUGUUGUGUUAGGGGUGUCUUGUAUUUCCAGUCACCAUAUACCAAAAUGCCACUAUUCUCUCUCCCGCUUAUUCAGAUUACAUCGUAUGUACAAUGGUCCGUUUUACCUACCUCCACCAUGUAG